AUGCACCCAUCCUGGACAGCAUUCUGCAAUAGUAUGACGUCGAGUGCGGUUGACUUUUUUAAAAGGACGACAUUGAGAACUGUUCUGGAAAACAAGAAGACGGCAGACCCAUCCCCUGGCAGUGGAAACUUUCAUUUCAGAAAGCGAGGAAGUUCGAAACGCGUCAUGUCGGGACCUGCUCAUAAGAAGACGUCAUCAACUUCGAUGGAAUUGAGCUACACUGUAGAUGAGGAAGACAAUCACUUCGAUGAGCGGAACGAAUAA